AUGACCACGACACCACCCCUCGCGACGGGUGCCAACCCUCCGAUUCCCGCCGAACAGCUCGCCGCACUUACAUCGCUGCUGUCGGGUCUCACCGCUGCCGCUUCCGGCACUGCCACACCCGCCACGACGUCCGGCACCACUCGCACUGCCUUUCCAAAGCACGCACGCUUGGAUGGUGCGAAGACCUUCGCGAACUGGACACGCCAACUUCGCCUGUGCCUAGCGGACGACAUCCGCUCGUACGUCCUCGACGGUAUCGCACCCGACGACUGGACACCUUCGCAACGCUCCGCUCGCGACGCCGUCGCUCGUGAGGUCCUUGCGAAUUCGAUUGACUCGGCCGAAGUCUCGGCAGUCCUCGACAAAAUCCCUACCGCCGACCUGACAGCGCCGACAAUCUACUCGACGCUGAAAUCGCGGUACGCCCCUGACGACGCCACCCGCACGCUCGAGCUCUUCUCACGACUCUGGGGUUUCCGUCCCAUGCCCGGCAUAUGA